ACCAGCUUCACAAGACACUGACUGCCUCACUUCUCAUGGAUGGCUGAAGCCGCAAAAACGCGACGCUCUCAUUCUCACCUCCAGGCACUACGCCAUGCAUCCCGAUCGAGCGGCAGCGAUGUGGACGGACGGUAGACUGGGAAAACCCUUUACACGCAGCCAGCAUCCAUGGUCGAUCGGUUCAUUCAUUCAAAUUGGUGUGCUCGCGAUGCUCUCUCUUGCGGGAAAAUGAACACGCUCACACACACACAUGCACAUGCGCAUCAGACACCCUCUCUUUUAAGAGGUACUACAUACCUGCAUCUCUCUCUCUCUCUCUGCAGGCCGACAAACGGCGCCCCCUUCUCUCUCACACGAGCCACACACACACACAGACGGACACACACACGGACAGACACAUGAAGAACGCCGACACAGAAAAUGCGACACGAUGAGCGUUAUUGACAGAGCACUUCACCGGCGUCAUGCCAUUCAAAUAGAGUCCCCCCCAUCCCCUCCACUCCCCUCCCCCUCCCCCACACACAGUCAACCCCCCCACCCUCACCUCACACCCAUACCGCACCGCCGUCAGUCACACUAAAAGAGCCAGUGCCAGGCUGCAGAAGAGCGUUGCCGUGACCAGCGACAGCAGGUACAUCCAAAACAGCAGCUUGGACAGAAAGUCCGCCUCCUCCCUCAAACCGAGCUGGUUGGACACCACAGAGAGCGCCAAGGCAGGCGGCGCGCAAAACUCCAGAAGCAGCACCAGCUUGAAGACCGGGCUGUCCGGCACCAGUGUGCGCACCCACGAGCCAUACCCGGCGCUAUGCAGGUACUCGAGCAGCACGAGCAUCCCACAGCCCACCAUGGGGACGACCACAAGCUUGAUGCCGGAGCAGAAGACCACGAACAGCGCUUCCGGCGAGAGGCAUUGCGGCCUGCCGCUCUGCUGGUGCCUGCUGUCCUUGUUGCUGCGGCCGGUGUCGUGCUGCACGCCGUGUGCAAGCGAGGCCGCGAGGAUCAGGGACAUCAACGUCACCGUGGGCUCGGCGAUUAGCCUCCCAACACGCCCAAAGACAGACAAGAAACUACUCGUAUCCUCAAACAUGGACACCUGCAUGCCAUGCCAUGCAUGCAGGUCGCAACGCAACACAGGCACCGAUUGAAUAUUCACUGGGGGGGCGACGGGGCGUGCCACUCACCUGGAAGUCUCGCCAGAGUCCCAUCAAGAGGCCCAAGAUGGUUGCGAUGAUAGCCGGGUGCCGAAGCCUGUUCAACGCGGGCGGGAACAGGUAGUGGCGCUUGCCGGCUGCACCAGGACACCGCUGCUGCCGCUGCUGCUCCUCCUCCUCCUCCUCAUCGCCCGAGUCCCCAUCUCUAUCGCCAUUCUUGCUGCUGUUGGACGGCACUAUGUCGAUCGUCUCAGCGGCGUCCUGGGUGCAGCUAUCGGUUGAGGGGCCGGCCGGGAAAUGCGGCGCCUGCGUGUGGUCAGGGCGCCACGUUGAUGGUGGCGGCACAGACUUGGUAUGCUGGAUUGGCAGCACUGGCGGCGGCUCCGACGCAGCGCGACAAAGGGGGAGCUUCGUGGCUUCAUUGACAGACGCGCAGCCAUCGGGUGACGACUGGCCAUCCGACAAAGAGGCUGCAGCUGCUGCUCGCCGGCUGAGCGCCGCCAGUGAUUCUAACGCAGGCAUCCCAUGCAGCCAAAACACGAAGAACCUGACAGACACCAGAACACGCGCGCAGAACACAUCACACGCUUUGACGUGUUUGUUUGUCUCGGCUGACUAAUGGUGGUGUGGUGUGGUGUGGUGUGGUGUGCCAUCCAUCCAUCCAUUUCGCGUCAGUACCAGGGUAUGCCAUGGAUGAAGAGCAGGGAGUCAGCCUCAUCUUCACAGCUGUCCGCCGACCCCGCCCACUCGCCAAGCGCAUCAGACGUCUGGCAGAGCGCCCGCAUCAGCGGCAGAAGGAAAUUGAUGCCAUUCUGGAAGGUCAGGCAAGUCACAGCACACGAGGUGGUGGCCUUGGGCAAUUCCCUGACUCUCGUGCGCCAGAGUGCGAUAAGGGCAACUGCGGUCAGAUGGUUGGUCAGCAGCGUCACGAGGCUCCACAGGACGAUGGGCCAUAAAGCCUCCAGCUCACGCACAUCCACGGUGGAUGCCAAGCUCACGAAACACAUGCUGACCACCCACACAGACACAUCAUGAUGCACCUGACAUGCAGUGUUCGGGGUGGGUCUUCUGUCCCCUUACCAUGGUAGGAAGAGCAGCAUCGACAGCCGGGAGAGUUCCUGCAGCAGCCCGCGAGAGAGAAUGGGCGCUUUCCUUGGGAAAUACGCCAGUAGGAAACCAGGGCUGCAUAGCAGAAAGACCUGCAGUAUACAAGUAGUACGGCAAGCGAGUCAAUGAUAGAUGGAUGACUCAGAUCAAGAUGCGAGGCGCUCUGUGUGUGACCUUACCUACCUGCAGCACGGAGCUGAAUGAUGCGUAGAAGAUGCUCCCCAGCUGCAUGAUGGAUUCUCCACGGCGGGCGAAUGCGAUUUUUUCUUUUGACCUGUCGCUUCUCCUUGCCUUGCGGGGAAACAGCC